AUGCCGGAAGAUAAAUUGCCUGAAAAGAGUGUCAAACGUAUAGAAGAACAGGCCAACUCGUUGAAGAAAAUCGCCCAACUCGAAGCCGAUUUGGAAGAAAUGAAAAAGCACAAAGAGGCCGAGAUGAGUCGAUGGGCAGAAAAAAUCGCUCAAAUCGAGGCGAAUUUGAAAAUCGCGAAGUUGGAGGCUGAUUUGGUUGACGAAAGGGAGAGAAAUCGAGAAUUGGAAAGGAAAAUCGCCGAGGCGAAAAGGAAGAACGACGAUCUCGAAGCACAAUUAAGAACUCAAGAUACGGAAAUGAGAGAUGGGAAAGCCAAGAUUGGAGAGCUCGAGGGGAAAAUCAACGCGUUGCAGAGCAAAAUCUCUGGCUUUGAAACCCAAAUACAAUUUGAAAGGGAAAGCAAAACAGCCGAAAUGGUGACUUGGAUCUUGGAUCUGGAAGGAUGGUCGUAUUUGGCAAAAACCGCCUCUUGGUACAAGAUUAUCGAACAAAAUAUGACAUUUGAUAAAGCCGAGGCAUAUUGUGCGAGUCGAAAGAUCCAUUUAGUCUCAAUUCACAGUCCCGCAGAGAACGAUUUUGUUCAGGAACUCGCGGAAACUGUUCAUUUGAAUUGUGGGUUCUGGAUCGGACUAAAGAGAAAUCCGAACAAAGAAAAUGCUUUUGAAUGGACAGAUGGAAGUGCGGUGGAUUUCACGAAUUGGAGGAUUGAAGAGCCGAAUUCGAACCCCUACGUUCAUCUUCAUAGCUCCGAUGGGAUAUGGCGAGCCUAUUCUCCUACCAAUCAGUAUCGUUUUAUCUGCAAAAGAAGCUUUCAAUUC